AUGUUUGCAGCAGAGAAGCUGAAAAGCAAUACCAACGUUCUCCCCAGUCAUUCAGCUCUGCAGACUUCACCUCCCGACACAGCUCAGCCGGGCGCCCUUCCGCCCAUCGCACGGUCACCCCCGCCCCUCACUGGGACCCCAGGCCGGGCUGACUGCAGGAGCCCCCAGCCCCUAGGGACGCCUCAUCUCCGCCCCCACCCCCGCCCCGCCUCGGCCCUUCGGACCAUCCACUCGCCAGCUGAACGCAAGCUGGUGGGGUCACCCAUCCACGUCCCGCUCGAAGCCCUGUGA